CUCCGCUGCAACACAACACAAAGACUCGUCGUAGGAAACUGCUCCCCAGCACUACACACGAAGAAAAAAUGGUGCCACUCCACCGCCACCUCCUCAAAGCCAGACACCAUCCGCACCUCACGCCGCAGCGCCUGGAGCGCGACACGUUCCCCGUGCUCCAGCUCAUCGCACCACUGCAGCCGCGCCUCCACGCGCAACGUACAGACCUGCCGCAUCGCGCGCACCUGCUCCACCCACCCCGUCUCAUAGAACCGGAGCCAGUCCGGCAGCGCCGCGCGGAGGUUCCGCGCGUGCCAGGCGCGGUUCGCGCCCAGCCGGAUAUGCAGCGUGGCGAGGGCCGGCAGAUGCUGCUGCAUCCAGGGGAAGAGGGCCUGCCAGGGGACGAGGAGGUCGCGGUGCACGCGCGCGGUCGCGAGCGCGCGGUCGUCCCGGUUCGGAUGCCGCAGGGCGCCCGUCGCCAUCCCGCAGUCCAGGUAGACGUCCAGCCAGAGCUUGAGGUGGCGGAUGCUGCCGUGGACGGCGGGCGGGAGAGAGGCGAGGAAGGCGAGACAGCGCGCGGGCGAGGCGUCCAGCCAGAUGCGGUUACAGCUAAAAACUAGCGGCAGG